CGUCGUUAGCGGGCUAGACAUAUAUUGAAUGAAGAAAGAGAGGAGGAGAACAAGCCACUUUUUUUCUUUCACUAGUCUCGGGUUUACAUAAUAGUAUUGAGGGAAAGGAUCAACUGCUAUUGAAAUCGCUGGUUGGUUGUUGACCAACGGAAUGAAUUGGAGUCUUUUUUCGUUGGUCAGCUGUAAACCAAGUGCUGUCCGUCUUCAUGGCCUCAAUAAUACUCAGUAUUGUACUGGCCGAAUCCGUUUCGGCUUUUUCCCAAAUUGCCCACUCCUUCUGUUUUGUUUUUGUGAGGCAAAACCUCACCACACUUCACUUCGACUCAAGAGGACCGGGCGCUUACUUGUAUCUUCGGGAUACGAGUUGCCGGUCUAAGAAGAACUGGAAGAAAAAAAGUAGGUAUGUUUGGUAUGGAUCAAUUAGUUGCGGAUUUCGUAUUCAAAAUGAGUUUGGCUUUGCCUGUAGCUAUUCUGGUGGCGGUUAGCGCCGGUCAAAUGCUCCCUACUCUAACUAGUCUCAAUAUGGAACGUAAAAUAACUAAGUUAGCUUCAGAUGUGAUGAAAGACAAAAUAGUUGUGAAAAACUCGCGAUUGUAUAUGAAGUAUAUAGGGACAUUAGCCCUACGGGAGGCGGUAACUUACCAGCAGCAGUUAAUUUCCGAGAAGUAGCCGAACGAGUUCUGUUUAGCGUAGACAACGUUCACUGGCUAAAAAAUUUAUCUAUGGAUCUUGUGAAUCAUGGAACGGAGAGUGAAUGCUUUGCCCAAGUUAUACAAUUUCUCGGAGCGGAGGGCAGUCUUUCUUUUGUUUGAUGAGUGUUAAGUGAGUGAAAGAUAGCUUUCUUUAUGACGAGAGGGUGUGUACCUCGACUUAGCAAUCGAGCAACUUCGUUAACGUGGUUGUUAACAUAAUCGGUAGGUACGGCCGCUACCACAAAAACGGGUGUUUUGUCCAUCGGGGAUAAGACACAAAUAGAAGUCAACACAUAGGAUUCCUUUUUUUUUGACCCACUACGGUCGUGACAGGUUGACCAUUGUCGUCAACUAGGGAGACUUCAGUCAGCCCCCGCCAAUGAAAUGAAAGCAAUGAAAGCUGGUGACUUCUGUUCCAACCGAACUGGGAACAGGCAGGGCGCGCCCGUUGGACGCUAGAGCCAAUGUUCUACACGCAGAAGGACUGAUUGUAAGUUAAACAAAAAGAAAAGGAGAAUGACUUAUUUAUAUUUUCUCUUGAGAUCUAGUCUUUUUUUAGCGGUAUUUUCGUUAGGACGUUUUCUAGGACCAGAAGGAACUGCUAGAAUGACAACUGGCAAAAAUCUCAUUAUUUUUGGAGUACUUCAUUUUACUCUUAAUCCGACGAAACAGAAGGAUUAAGAGUAAAAUGAAGUACGGCUUCCUAAGGGUUGUUUUCUAUCUCUCUCUUCUAUUUCUUAUUUUCGUGUAUGGAAGUCUCGUUAGAUGCUAUUUGCUUUCUCAUUUAGGUAUUUAUUUAUCAGAUAUUUUACCUUGUUUCAUUUUCUGUGUUUCAGAUUCGAGCUUAUCUACCAGCAACGACGACACCUCUAGUUCCACGACUCACAUAGUUUCAGAUUCGCCGCAUUCGCUUAUUAUUCCCGAAAAUACCCAACCGGGGGGGGGGGGGACCUCUUGUCUCUUUUUGGGACGCAAGACCCAGACCGAGAAAUCAAAUUGUAUACCCGGGCCCGCUUACUCGAAAGCCGAUUAAUCGAACGGGUACCUCCUCAACUUAACUUCGGCGAAUACGAAAACUUGGUUAGAGACAACCUCAACCAAGCAAGAAACAUCCUGCACUAUACUAUCAAAGCGCUCUUUCUCAUGAGCUGUUCGACAUUACGAUACUUGAAUUAAAAGCGAAUUUUCAAGAUAAACCUUUCGAUCUCUUGAUGACUGAACCCAAUGAACGCCUCCUCCUCAUUUUUAGAGAAUCUCCUUUUCAGGAAAGGGCAAUACGGCCCGAGGCUUUAUAAUUUCUUGAGGGGAGACUCGACUUGUUAAAUCUCGGGAAUCCCCAUCCUCAUGCCUAUCCAGAGAAAGUGAUCUUACAAAACACGUUGGAGCAAUGGCUCAAUAAUCUUAGACAAUUUAACAAAAAUGCUAUUGUGUAUACCGAAUUUCUAUCACAUUUUCGUGGCGUGUAAAAUUAAAAGAUAAUGUUUCGGAGCUGCUGUUGGUAUUGGAAACGUUUUCAGUUCUUUGAUUCAUUCCGUGGCGCGAAAUCCAUCUUUGGCGAAACAAUUAUUUGGUUGUUAAUGGCAACAAAAUAAAAAGCAUCGAGAAAGGUCUACUUGCUUGCCAAAGAAGCUUCGGUUUUUAGGUGGGGGUCUUUGUUGAGAAUUCGUAAGUAACUGAGUGAGUGCUUCCAGGCCAAGUCCUAACUACAUACCUACAAAAGGGCCAUACGUAUUCAGAAUCUCAAUAAAGUAACUACUGUCUGUGCCAUGACUAAUGAGAUUUAAAUAUAUUUUGUGCAGUCCUAUAAUUUGUUCUUGCAAAGACUCGUCUAUAAUAAAGACAUUAUCGACUAUAUGUUUGAAAUCGAGUUCGUCAGGUAAUCUACGAUUACCAUUUGUAGCAGUAUAAUCUUUAAAAAUCAUUUCUAGUUUCGACUCGGUUUUUUGUUUGAGUUUGUCCAAUUCCAACUCCAAAAUAAGAAUUUCAGAGCCCUUCCCCACUUUAAACCCGGCAAAGAAAGCUAGCGAAAGAACUAUUCCGAUUCCGAUUCCGAUUCCGACUGAAAAACAGGGUUCGUCUAUGAAAUUCUUCAUAUUCAUAUUUUUAUUUCAUCUCUAUAGUUCCGCUUCCUCCUCUAUGAAGAAAGACUUGUGGAAAAGAGCUAGCCUGUUGGGCCAAGAAAGGCAUGUGAGUUGUUGGGCGUAAAAGUUAUUCUCUUACGAUAUUUCGAGUUGGAUGAAAAGAGCGAAUACAGAUACACACCUUCUACCCCUUAUAGAGUAUAAGACAGGCCUAUCUCUAUAGUGGAACCUAUCUAGGUUCUAGCAAAUAUAGAGUGUGAAUGCUGGCUACUAGAACUAGUGGUCGUAGGGCAACGGGGAGAUGAGUUAGCAACUUCACGUUUAAAAGAGAUCCAAGUCCAUAGAGUAGAGACUAAUAAGGUCUCAACAUAUUAUGGAUGCCCAAUCCCGGAAAGUAUCAGAGGUUGUUGAGUUAUCCAGCCUCUCACUGCAUAUAUGGGUAGUCUAGUAAACCAGGUCACAGCGGUGGUGGCCACAUAGCUAUAUCUGACUCAUAUAGCUAUGCCUAAAAUCCUAG